GAAGGCCGUGAGCCUGAUUAUUCAGAAUACAAAGAAUUUAAGCUGACUGUGGAAAACAUAGGUUACCAGAUGCUGAUGAAAAUGGGCUGGAAGGAAGGGGAUGGUCUGGGAUCUGAUGGUCAGGGUAUCAAAGCUCCUGUUAACAAGGGGGUGACGGCCGUGGAUGGAGCGGGGUUUGGAAUCGACCGUCCUGCUGAUUUGUCCAAGGAUGACGAUGAGUACGAGGCCUUUCGGAAGAGGAUGAUGUUGGCCUACAGAUUCCGGCCCAACCCACUGAACAACCCUCGGCGCCCUUAUUAUUGAUGCAGCAGUGUGUUUCUUCUCACCUCCCACCUACUCCCUGGUCCUCCAGUGAUGGAUUGUUUACUGUGACAAGUUUAUUAAAACAAAAAAAUAUGUCCCUUUCUUUUGUUUAGAAAGGACUGUGUUCCAGGUUUAGCCUCCCAUCUGUUUACCCGCCCACGGAUGUUGGACCUUUUUGAUGUGGUUGCGGAACUCCCCCCCCACUUUUAUUAUUAUUAUUAUUUUUAAAAAUGUGACCCCAUUAAAGAAAGGAUAGGAGCAAGUCGGAACGGAGAUGGUCAGAAAAAAAAUGUUCCCGAGUCAUACACAGCCCAACCAUUUGUGAGAAGGGGGAAUUGGCCUAAAAACAUUGGUUAAAUAAUGUGUAAUCUUCAUUUUACUCGGCUUCUUCUUUUUUUUUCGGAAGCCCUGCUCCUCUCUUCAUGAACAUAGACAUUUUGUGUUGCUGUUCCUUGUUGAUGGUGGGAUCUGCAGGGAAGGAUCGCAGGAUGGGAUGUAGAAGGCAAGCAGCAACACAGGCGGAAAUAAGGAAGGUGGAGCUCCCCAAAGAUAGUAAGAGGAUUUCCACCUGUAAUUCGAAAGAGCAAGAUUUGGAUUGCAGUAAUUUAGGAAAGGGGACUGUUUUUAAAUUUGGGGGGGGGGGUAAUUAUCCCAGAGUAUUACGUCUGUGUGAGGGUGUCAGUUUUAUCCCAGUUCUGAGGUAAUCUUGUGUAAGCGUGCAAAGCCAUCGUAUAUCGGCCAACUUUCUCUUUUUAGAGGACAGUCGGCUCUCCUUUUUCUCACUCUUUAGUUAUUUCAAAGAGCGGGGGAAAUUUGAAUUGCUCCUUAGGCCAAGCCAGAGGCCAAAACCAAACAUAUCUUUAGCUCGAUUCUCAUCAGUAGAUUUUUAGUAAAUCUUUCAGGUUUGUCCCAAAGGAGAAAGGUUAGAGAAAGUGGGGGGGAACCAAAAAUCUUUUUUUUUUUUUAGCACAAAUACACACCCUGUCCACCAAGGCAAACCUCUCUCUUCCGUGAUCUUCCAACAUUAAAACAUCUGUUGUUCCUUCAUGUAGGCUCUCAAAUGAUGCUUAUUUUCAUUUUUGUUAAAUCUUAAUGAUGUAGAGUUGAUACGUUGGGCUUUCACCAAACAUGUUAAUAAAGCUAGAGAAAUAAUGAGA